AUGGGGAGUGGAGCCAGUGCUGAGGACAAAGAACUGGCCAAGAGGUCCAAAGAGCUAGAAAAGAAGCUGCAGGAGGAUGCUGACAAGGAAGCCAAGACCGUCAAGCUGCUAUUGCUGGGUGCUGGGGAGUCAGGAAAGAGCACUAUCGUCAAACAGAUGAAGAUCAUUCAUCAGGAUGGCUAUUCACCAGAAGAAUGCCUGGAGUACAAGGCCAUCAUCUAUGGGAAUGUGCUACAGUCCAUCCUGGCUAUCAUCCGGGCCAUGCCCACGCUGGGCAUUGACUUUGCUGAAGCAAGCUGUGUGGAUGAUGGGCGACAGCUCAACAACGUGGCUGACUCCAUUGAGGAGGGCACUAUGCCUCCCGAGCUGGUGGAGGUCAUCAAGAAGUUGUGGAAGGAUAGUGGGGUGCAAGCCUGCUUUGACAGAGCUGCAGAGUACCAGCUCAAUGACUCGGCAUCCUACUACCUGAAUCAAUUAGACCGAAUUACAGCCCCUGACUACCUCCCUAAUGAGCAAGAUGUGCUACGAUCCAGAGUCAAAACCACAGGCAUCAUUGAGACCAAGUUUUCUGUCAAAGACUUGAACUUCAGGAUGUUUGAUGUGGGAGGGCAGAGAUCAGAGAGAAAGAAGUGGAUCCACUGCUUUGAGGGAGUCACCUGCAUCAUUUUCUGUGCAGCCCUCAGUGCCUAUGAUAUGGUGCUGGUGGAAGAUGACGAAGUGAAUCGUAUGCAUGAGUCACUGCACCUGUUCAACAGUAUAUGCAACCACAAGUUCUUUGCGGCUACUUCCAUUGUCCUCUUUCUCAACAAGAAGGACCUCUUUGAGGAAAAAAUCAAGAAAGUCCAUCUCAGCAUUUGUUUUCCAGAGUAUGAUGGGAACAACUCUUACGAGGAUGCAGGGAAUUAUAUCAAGAGUCAAUUCCUUGACCUCAACAUGAGAAAAGAUGUCAAAGAAAUCUACAGUCACAUGACCUGUGCCACAGACACCCAGAAUGUCAAAUUUGUAUUUGAUGCAGUUACAGAUAUUAUCAUCAAAGAAAACCUCAAGGACUGUGGACUCUUCUAAUUCUCACCAUUCCUCAAGUAUACGUUCUAUAAACAGGUUCAGAAUCUGGGUAAUUUCAAGCAGAAAAUUUUAGGUCAAUAUACCAUGACAAGAAUACAUCCAUUCUCCCUUGGAGAUGGAGUAGGUAUGAUUGCAAUUGUGUCUCAUCCGUUCUUUUAAAAGUGGGAUAGCUAGUACAGUUUAAAGAAUGCAAGGCCAGGAGUCAGAAGACCCAGGUUCCAGUACUGGUUCUGCAACUUACUACAAAAAUGUAAAUAUUUCAUUUCUGUGAGCCUUGAGUUCCUCAUCUAUAAAAUGAAGAUAACUUCUCUAUACUACUUCACAGGGUUAUUCUAAUGAUCACAAACAUAACUGAAGGAGGGGAAGGCACAUAAAAGCUGUGUG